CAGGUGAUCACUGGUGGUCACUACGAUGUAGAUUGUCGAUUAGAAGAUCCUGAUGGUAAAGUGUUGUACAAGGAAAUGAAGAAACAGUAUGACAGUUUCACCUUCACAGCCUCCAGAAAUGGCACAUACAAAUUUUGCUUCAGCAAUGAGUUUUCUACUUUCACACACAAAACGGUGUAUUUUGAUUUUCAAGUUGGAGAAGACCCACCUUUGUUUCCCAGUGAGAACCGAGUCAGUGCCCUUACCCAGAUGGAAUCUGCUUGUGUUUCCAUUCAUGAGGCAUUGAAGUCCGUCAUCGACUAUCAGACUCAUUUCCGACUGAGGGAGGCCCAAGGCCGAAGCCGAGCAGAGGAUCUCAAUACAAGAGUGGCCUAUUGGUCAGUGGGAGAAGCCCUCAUUCUUCUGGUGGUUAGCAUAGGGCAGGUGUUUCUUCUGAAAAGCUUUUUCUCAGAUAAAAGAACCACCACAACUCGUGUUGGAUCUUAACUCCGCUUCAGAUGCACCAUUGCCACUGUAAUAUCACUGUCCUCUAAUUUUAGGUACUGAAGAACUUUACAUUGGCAACAUUCUAAAACCCUACUCAUUCUUGUUGGGAGAGAUGUACAAUGCAUAUCCCCAUGGAGAGAGGACACCUUUUUUAUUUGUAAAGGUGGAAAAACUUUGGACCUUAAUGCAGCUAUUCAUAUGAAAUAUCUAACACCAAUGAUCUACUUUUUCUUGGUUUAUAUCUACUCUUCAUACACUAAACUUUGGUAAUCUGAUUCCUUUUAACCAUUUAAAAGUACUUUUCUUAAUAGGUAGUUGAUACUUUUAAAAAAUCUUAGAUUUAAUGUCUGUAUUACAGAGGAAGAAAACUGCCUUUUAAUUGUUUAUAGUGAAUAAAGUUGUGUUUUUAAGAAAACCAAAUGUGAUUAACUGUAGCCAAGCCCUACUCUGCACUGCUUAAUUUUAUGGGGGAAAAUAAUCUACCAUAGAACUAUUAGUUAAUAUUGAUAAAAUUUUCAUUAAUACAUCAUGAUAUAAUUUAUUUCUUGCUAGUUUGGAAAAUGUACAGGUUUUUUUUUGGUUUCUUUGUUUUUUCUCAUUCUAUGAUUUAUAACUAGCUAUGUCAUUUGCUUAGAAGUGUUACCACCACUCAGAAAAAUAGCAUAAUGGACCCUAAAAAUCACACUGUUGUAACUGUUAGGAUAAAGAAUAACAUGAGACACUACAGUGUGGGUAAAUGAAAUAGAAACAUGUUUAGUGAGUUGUCUGUGUCAUUGCAUUACCAGGACUUUUACAAAGAAGAAAGGGUGUCUGGGUCAUUUGAUCAUUCUGGUGAACUAGUUCUAGUCAAGUCAUUCGCAGCUUCAGUCGACAGUCGUAAGCCAGGAUCACAUAAGUGCCAUACAUACAUGUUGUCCUCAUGAUGUGAUGCACUGAGAAGUUAGUUUCUAUCUCUUCAUUUUUGUUGUUUCUACAGUCUCUGAUUAGCAACCCUAAAGUUAAAAGUAGAGAAUGCUGUGAAUAUUUCCUAUUUAAAUUCUUUAGAAUUGGUUUGUACUGUUUGUCUCUUACACCUUGUGUGGAUUAAGCUGACUGAAAUGAGAUUUUGAUCCAAGUAUUCAGAAUAGAAUACAUAAUGAUGGAAAAUUACAUAGAUAAGCAGGCUUCUCUGCUGUUUAAAAAAGAAAAACCAUGUCAGUUGCUUUUCAGCCCUGCCUCUUCACCACAAGUGAUGAGAACUAAAUGACUCUCAUGUAGUGGAGACUUUAACAUGUACCAUCAUAGGAUAGUGACUGAGUAGCAAUUCUAGUCACUUAACCAUUACUGACUAGAAGUGGACUCUUAAUUCUAAGCCAUCAUAAAAUGCGCGCGCGCGCGCGCGCGCGCACACACACACACACACACACACACACACACACACACACCUACCUGCAUGCAAAAGCCAAAUGAAUUCAUAUUGUCUUGCGUACUAAUUUCAGAUGUCCCAGUGUAGAAGGAGUAAACAUGUUUUCAACCUUUUAGGAUUCUUGAAGACCAGUUCACUACUUCUUAAAUAACAUUUACAAAAAGAUUAAGAAGAUUUAAGAUUUUGCAGAUUUAUCCAUCUGAGUUCUUAUACUGAAGUUGUCCUGUGACAUUUUAAAAAUGUCCCAUCUACUUAGCUGUGAGUGUCUUAAGCACCAAUGUUAAUGUGAUUACUAAGCAUGGGCACAUGUAAAACACUGUAUCUGGUUGCCAGUGGGUGAUUUGGCUACUUACACUGUAAUUAAAUGGAGUCAGGUAUAGAUUUUGUUAGAUUUGGCAUAAAUAAUGCCCUUAUUUAAUCUGUGCCUCUGGAAAGUCAUGAUAGUAAGCUAAUACUAUAAGUCUUUUUAAAUGAAACCAUGUGUCAAACUUGAAAACAGCAGUUACCUAUUGUCAGAAAUGGUAUGAAUUUAGUUUCAUCUCUCAGUAGCUGGCUAAAUUUUGACAGCUAUCUGUUCAACUGGUAUGAAUAGAUAAGAAAAUACAUAAACAAAAGCUGUGUGAUAUUUUUUUUCUCCUGUGACAUAAUUUGCAGCUUGUCUUUUUCUGUAAUCUUUAUAUAAGUUGUUGCAGGAGUUUGGAUUUUCCAAAUAUUUUUGUUUGGUCAUAUGACUACAUAUUUGAAUAUCAUAAUUGUAUUUAAAGUAAAUAAUGGAAAGCAACUUGAUACGUUAGUUAAUACCAAAAUUUCAACUGGGUGAAGAUAUAUUUUAAGAUACUGCUUUGCUAAUAAUCUAAAUAUUCUUUCGUUCUAUUAAAAACCAUAGUUUGUGGCUUAUAACUUUUCCUCUGGGCUCAAUAAUCACCUUUGAAAAUACAAUGGACUGAAAGCAGUUUACUGAAAGGUCUCAUUUAUGUCUCUGUACUAUCCAUCUCUUGUUUCAAUUUCUAAGUGUAACAUUCAUAGUUAAAUAGGAUAAAGCUGACUAUGAGUUUUGUUUUCAAAAAUUAGACAAAUUAAUAAUAUAUAAAUAAUUCAAAGGAUUUUUGUUUACUUUUGAAAAAGAAUUUUCUCUAAAUUAAAGAUGGUUCCACAGGAUUGCACCAAUCAGUUCCAUGUAAAAUAAAAAACAUUUAAAAAUCAGCAAA